AUGCCUGCUGGUUCAACGCCCGCGGCAACCCCGUCAUGGUGGGGUGGCAAGGACGUAGGCAGCGACGGCACCGAGAGCGAGGACGAGAACAUAGCCGUGGAGGGAGAUGUUGUCAGCCUCAUCUGUCCAAUGGCGCAGCAGGUCAUAGCCGAGCCAUUCCGCAACUGUAGGUGCAAGCACGCGUUCGAGAAGAAGACGAUCCUGGACCACCUGCUCGUGAGCGACCCUAUCCAGUGCCCGCGGACGGGGUGCUCACAACAAGGAAUCAUGGCCAUCUUGCAGAAUUCUACCAAGCAGAUGGCAGCGAUGAAGGAAAAGAUCGGGAACCGUUUCAAGUUUUUCAACGACAUCUUGGUCGACAUUGACGACAACAUCGACAACCACGUACCACGCUUCCUGCGGCCUGUCGUUCACAAGGUUAAAAAAGCCGAGGAUGGGCAGGAUUUCUACGUGAUCCACCGCAGCAAGAAGAUCAGCGUCCCUUAA